UGUUCGUCGCGGUGGGAGAGCCGCGAGAAUCCUACGUGGGGGACUGACUCACAUGUAGGGGGGAGGUCUCUCGGUAGGAGCGGAUUAAACGGGCAGGAAGCACAGGCGCCAGCGCGUAUAUACCGGCACUAAUGGCGCGUUUCGGCAAACACGCGUUUCAAGCAGCGACGAUCGGUUCCGUUCACUCGCGAGCCGAACUUCUGUACGUGAUCUCCGAGUACCGCGAUGACUCCGUCUAAUUUAAGAGUGUGCCGCCAGAGCACGCGAUCGCUUAACGAGCUUACGUAAGUUGCGCGCGGUAAUAACGAUCGCGACCGCGAGUGAAUCGCAAUUCUUGCUUCUCUUGUUUCUUUCAAUCUCGCCGUGUCCGUUCUUACAAUUAGAAGGGCCGACCAGACGACGACAUUUUACGACGUUUCGCCGAGAAGCUCGACACUCUCUCGUUUCUUCGCGCGAAAAACGAAACAGAGUCGCCGGCUUCGGAUUCUCGUGAAAUCAUGACACAAAACACGACCGGUGUUCAACGAUAAUCGGGGAUCCGUGCGAAGCGCCUGGCUGGGAGAACCGGCCGCGCCGACGGUCGAGAAAUUUCGAACUUCGAAGUGUGUCGCCGCGCACGAAAUGCAACGUCGCUGACCCAGAAACCGUUCGCAAGCAGUAACUUUGAUCAUCGCAGCGGACGAAUCUCGCAACGGUGCCAAGAACAAAUAAAAACCGAUCCUGGGAUCGCGGAAUGCGAACGUUGUUCUUUCGAGCCACUCUUGCGGUCUAGAAGCGUGCACACACCGCACACGACACACCGUCGCGACGAUUACGAAAUUCCCGCCACGGAACUGGAUCCUUCCGCCGAAAGAGUUUUACGCAAGCGUUCGGUACACUCCGAUGUGUUUACAUUUCGAAAUUGAUCGCCGGUCGGACGGAACAUUUUGAAGAGAAUUGCCGGCGAGAGGAUACGGGCGAAAGGAGCAGGGGGAAAGUCGCGAGGGCAGGCGGCGGUUGUGCUCGCGCGUCGCGUUCCCGUUGUUUCGUUUCUACGUACAGUUCGCGUGACCCGUGACAGAAGAAGACGCGCGCCGGUCUCUCGCGUGUCCCGUCUAUAAAGUUGGUGGUUCGGGCCCGCCGCGGAGUUGACGCACUGGCUGGCCUGACUGGCCGCGAUCGUUGCACGAUACUCGUGUUUUUUGGAACGCACGCGGUCGUGGUCUGUGACUCGGUCGUGUUCCGUGCUCGCGAUUCACGUUGAUUCUCGGACGGGUCCAGAGAGACACGGGACACAAGGAAAGAAACGCGGCGCGUCGGUGGUGCGGUGAGAUAAACGGGAUAUUAUAUAUAUAUACAUAUAUAUAUAUAUAUAUAUAUAUAUAUAUAGUGUAGUGACUCGAACACGCGGUGAAGAUGGAGGAUGCAGAGACAAGAUUCGCGCCGGGAUUCAGCGUGUCCGUGCUCAUCCUCGUGAGCACGUUAUUCCUCGGCGGCAUCAUCCUCGUGAUCGGCUACAUCGUUAGCCGGUUGUCAGGGUCCGGCCGAGCCUCGGAUCCACCGAAAAAUGCUGCGGAUUCGGAAAAAGUGAAAUUCGAGGACCCUCGAGAGUCGACGAGCGGAUCGGCCGGAGCUGCGACCACGGGUGGAGGUGGAACCGGCAGCAACAAACGCGCCAAGAACAAGAAGAGACGCGAGGCGCAGCAGGAGUUCACGCAUUCCUGGAUGGUUGGUGCGUUGAAGGGUCACACAGCCCCCGUCCUCGACAUGAGUUUCUCGAGCAACGGGAAAUUCCUCGCAAGCUGUGCCGAAGAUUGCGGCCUGCGGCCGGAAGAGGAGUUCCUGGACCAUGGGGAGACCGAUCGGUACGUCGAGUGUAAGGUGGUGAGCAGCGGCGAGACGCCGUCGUCGACGAAGUCAUCAUCGCCGUCGCCGUCACCGUCUCCGGGUAGCAAGAGCAAGUCCGCGGCGUCGUCGUCGUCGGCCUCGACAGCUUCAUCGACGUCCUCGACAGCCUGCGGCAGCGGCGGAGCUUCGUCGGGGGGCAGCAGCUCCUCCUCGACGAAAGAGGAUCGAGCGAUCCUGAGCAGAAGGCAGCGCAAGAACCGCACGAGAGCGCCCCGCGAUCAGCGCCGGGAGCGCGACGACGAGCACGAGGACGAGCAGCCGAGCCACCAGGAGCAGCAACAGCAGCAACGGCUGCGCAGACAUCACCACUGCCGGCAGGAGCAUUAUCCUAACGGCUCGACGAGGAGCCUGGAGUCCUCGGAAGGCUCGUCGGCGUCGGCGAGAGGCGCGGCGACCGGCGCGAGGAGCUCGAGGAAUCAUCAUCAGUCGCAGAACGCGCAGGACUCGCGCCGCGAGGACAAGAAGCACGGCGGCGACGGGUCGGCGAUCUGGAACGCCUGCAUGUACCACAGCAGUCAGAGGAAAGAGCUGCAUCACCUUAGCGACGCUUCCCUGGCGUCUCUGCUGCGCGGGUACACGCUCACCGGGGAGGAUCUGGCACACUUCGGCUACCCGUUCGAGUGCAGCUUCUAUCCGGGAUCCACGGUGAUCAUUAAUCACCUUCACCCGUCGGUGGGUUUCCCGGCGAGGGGAUACCACCAUUUGGACGCGAACGCGCGCGAAUUCGUGCCGGGAAGCGGCACCACGUCCUGGACCAUGGAGAGCGAAGCGGACAGCGGGAACUGCAGCGGCAGUUCCGUGGAGAGCUCCGACCUGGAGCAGGAGAGCGCGUCGGACAGCGACAAGAGCUCCGACAUCGGCGAAUCAUCGUCUUCCUCCUCGACGGACUCGUCGUCGUCGUCCUCGUCGUCGUCCUCCUCCUCCGGGUCCAGCUACCAAUACCAGGAGAAGUCCAGAAGAGACUGGACGCCGCAUUCGUACGAGCUGGUCGUCGGCGAGAGGAAGUGCGCCAGGUGUUACAAGAACUUCUACGUGAACCGGAAGAACGGCGAGUACCUGCAGGAGGAGCGAUGCUUCUAUCAUUGGGGCAAAUUCCGGGGCGGCAUGGUCGACGGCUCGUACAGCAACACCUGGGAGUGCUGCCAGGGCAGGGAGACGUCCAGGGGCUGCACCAUCGCCAGUAUGCACGUGUGGACCGGUUUGGAACCCGGCUACAACGGUCCCUUCGAGGACUACGUUCGCACCCAGCCCGCCAUGACCGUUCCCAGCGACGGGAACUACGGCGUGUACGCGCUCGACUGCGAGAUGUGCUUCACGCGGCGCGGCCUCGAGCUCGCGAAGGUCACGGUGGUCAGCAUGGACGGCGAGGUGGUCUACGACACCCUGGUGAGACCGGACGCGGAAGUGAUCGACUACAACACGAGAUUCAGCGGGAUCACCGCCGAGGACCUGUCCAGAGCGUCGAAGAGGCUCAGGGACGUGCAGGAGGACAUAACCAGCUUCGUACACGCGGAGACGAUAGUGAUCGGCCACGCGCUCAACAACGACCUCAGGGCCCUCAAGCUGGUCCACACGACCGUGAUCGACACGUGCGUCGCGUUCCCGCACUACCUCGGUUACCCGUUCCGCAGCAGCCUGAAGAGCCUCGCGAGGGCGGUGCUCAGGAGGGAGAUACAGACCACCGAGCACGACUCCGUCGAGGACGCCAGGAUCGCCGUUGAUCUCAUGCUGAGGAAACUGCGGCACGAUCUCUCGUAGAACCGCGGACACGGGAGAAACGGACAAACAGAAUGAGAAAGAGAGAGAGACAUUGAUGGGUGCCGCUUGGUAACGAGAGCGAAAAUACAGUGAACGAACUGUCGGGAGGCCCAGAGCAUCCUCCUUGCUUGGUGCGCGGUCCACGAGGUCUCGUUGCACCACGGUCCCCUCGUUAGCGCCCAUCCCUCUUCUUCUUCUUCUUCUUCUUCUUCUUCGUCUUCUCCUUCUGGUUCUUUGUCCUGUGCUCCUCGGCUCGCAGCCUCCAAGCCGACAGAAAAAAAAGGUGCUAACGAGAACGGACACCGCGCGCAACUCUUCCGUCAGUGUUCAGUUCCAAGUGCAGUCUGUGAUACAUUACAUAUACAGAAAAAAAAGAAACUUACAGGGGCGCGGCCGCGCGCGCCCGCGAUCGUUCUCGAUCGCGAUCGCUCGCGAUCUCGGAGUCUCGUCGGGGACGCUCGCGCUUCCGUCGACUCUCGACGCUCGCACACAGAUCAACUCGUAGGACAUUAAAUCGCGUAACACGCUCACACGCUCAUAUACGACCGUUCAUAUAAAAGCUCAGUCUCUCCGCAUACGCGCGACCGUUUCCCCUCGUCCUCGUCGUGGAGAAAGGUGCGUCUCGCUCGAACGUGUGUGCAGGAUAACGCCGCGGGAACAGGGGCAGGACCGGCCCCCCGAAUCGAUUCGAGGGACCAAUUUUCUGUUGUUUCACGCUCGCAGUUCUCGACGAUUUCUUUCACAGUUUUUCUUUUCUUUUUUUUUUUAUCAACGCCGAUUCUUCGUCUCUGUAUAAUAAUAAUUAGUUCCCGCGAGAAAUUACGCGCACGGACGUGCGCGAUGUAUUUUUAUGUGUUUUACGAAGCCUCGAAGUUCUGUCCUCGGUGGCGCAAAACCUCUCGAUGUCACGAUUUUAUUGCAAAACGAUCUUCUUUUCUCCCCCUUUUUUUUCUUUUUUUCCUUUUUACCGAAGAAUCUCCGUUUUUUUUAGUAUCGGACGAAAACGCGUUGGUUUGCGACGAUUGUUCGUUUGUUCAUUCGACGGCGGUUAUUGUGACUUAUACUUGUAGCGAGGUGGAAGAAAUCAGACGAGGCGAACAGAAAGUCGCCGGUGUGGCGGUCCGAUCGGCGGAGAAUCGACGCUAGAACGACCGAGCACUGAACGCGGGCCAGGACCUCGGUUAUCCGAACCGAUCAGGAGAAUGCGAAUAUUCGGACAACAGAUCCCUGGAUAGCAGAGAAUCCUGAUGGGUUCGCGUGAUCGAGGUUCCUCCGUGCUUUGCAUUGCCUUUUGAAAAUAACAAGAGACCGUAUCUAUGAAUAGAUAUAUCCAGUCGUUGCUCGCAAACGCCACUUUUACAAUCUCGAAAAUUGAAGAACUAACGUCCGUCGUUUCGUUGGCUUCGGUCGUUCUAGCGUUACGAACGGCGUUCGUCGCAGUUCCCGAUUAAAGAUGGCUGACCGCUUGUUAAAAAAAGAUCCAGUUUCCCCUUAGCUCUGUCCCCGCAUGUCCCCGAUCGCUCGAGAGGAAAGACAGCCUUUACGAAAACGACGUCGUUCACUCGACGAAACAAAUACUGCCGUAGCACAGUCGCGGCAGGCAAAAAUUGACACCGCGAUCUGCCACGAUACCGACUCCGCCAUCUUGUUUCCUCCGUUCGAUACACCCUCGCGUGUCCAUAUUCUAAUCUCUCGUUCUCAACUAUUUCUCUAUUCUUUUCUCGUAAACGGCGACGUCUUUCCAUUCCCGAAAAAUCAUGUACUGCGGAUUUGAUCGUGCAUUCGCGGCAGAAGCCGAGCAGACGCGAUUCGAAAGCAGGUGAUAGAUCGAACGACAUCGAUGCGCGUUACUCGACUUGUUAAUAUUAUCGACGCUGAACCCCCGGGGAGGUGUUUUAACGGUAACGAUUUACCUUGUAAAAAAACGAUAAGACUGAAUUUAUUUAUAUUUCUCGAGAUCUUCAUUUCUUACGUUAUGCUCGAACGAAGAUAUCUAUAUUAGGAUCAUUUCCCAUGGAAGCACCCUUGUUACUUCAAUCAUUGUAAAAAUAAAGCAAUACAAGCGUCGUGGUAUUUUGCAUGAA